ACCAUUCGAUUGAAAAUAUAUAUCAUGUUUUAAUUAGAUGGAAUUGGACAGUAUUAGUAAUAUGUUUGAUGUGUGUAGUGUAUAAAUUAAGCAACAUAAACCAAAAUUAGUUUUGGAUUUUUAAUUUUAUUUAAUUAUCAACAUGAAUUUGGACAGGAAGUAUUACAAUUUUUUGGAAGAUAGAAGAAAGGAAGCAAGUACCCUUUUAUUUAUUUCCAAACGAAUUAAAGCCACAAAAGCUUUUCAACAAGAAGUAACACCUACACCAAGUUCUCACAAAAAUGAUGUGCUUCAAAGUAGAAAGAUUCAAGACCUUUUAAUAACACUGGCUCAUAAACAAAACGUUAGCAAAUCCGAUUUAGAAAAGAAAGUUAAGGAGAUUCUAGAUGAAAUAGGUUACAAUAAAAAUUUUAAAGUUAUUCGAUCAUUAGGAUUGGUGUUAACUAAAAUUUGUAUGAAGAUAUGCUCUGGACUUUAUUUAAAUGUUGAAGGAUUAAAUAAGCUUAGAAAUAGUAUGGGAAAUUGUCCUGUUAUUUUUGUCCCCAGUCAUAGAAGUUAUGCAGAUUUCAUACAACUUUCAUAUGUAUGUUUUACUUUUGAUAUAGCUAUACCUGCUAUAGCAGCAGGCAUGGAUUUUCAUAGUAUGUGGGGUAUGGGUAAAAUAUUGAGAGAUACCGGAGCAUUUUAUAUGAGACGUUCCUAUAAUGAUGAUAGCUUAUAUUGGACUACUUUUAAACAGUAUGUUUAUCAGUUAGUUUCAAAAGGUGAUUUACCCAUUGAAUUUUUUAUAGAAGGAACGAGAAGUCGAAGCGGCAAAUCUUUAACACCAAAAUAUGGUUUAAUUUCAAUGAUAUUGAAAGCAUUUUUCCUAGCUCAAGUACCUGAUAUUCUAUUUGUUCCAAUAAGCAUAUGCUAUGACAGACUCCUAGAAGAGAACCUAUUUGCCUUUGAACAUUUAGGCAUUCCUAAGCCAAAGGAGACUACUAAAGGAUUUUUCAAGUCGUUGAAGAUAAUGAAAGAAAAAUACGGUGACACGUACAUUCAUUUUGGAACUCCGAUUUCAGCCAAGGAAACGUUUGGCGACAAACUCGACAGAUCUGUUCAUAACUUGGCACCUAUACAUGAACAGGAGAUUACAGAAAAAGAAAAAAGUCUGAUUCCAUCCUUGGGUCAUCAAAUUGUCCGUUGCCAACAAAAAGACUCCAUUAUAAAUGUGUUCAAUUUAAUAGCAUUGGAUCUAAACAAUAAUUUGACAAACUCUAAAAAAUGUUCGACGCUUGAUGAAAUGCAGAAACAAAUAUCAAUACUUAAAAACGCUUUGGAAACAUUAGGAGCGUAUGUGGCUUAUAGAGACAAUAAUGAUUUUGAAAAUGCCUUGGCUGUUCACGAAAAUUUAGUGCGUGUAGAUAAAGACGGCUUGGUCAACCUUGUUUUUAACGACAUUGUUUUGGAUGUUGCCCUGAAACCUGAGAAAAUGAAAGGAUUUUUACUGUCAGGGAAAACUAUGACGCGGGCUAUACCUUUUAUAAUGUUGCAAACUUAUGUCAAUCCAACAUUGCACUUCUUCUCAGAUGUGGCUUUACUGAUAAUUAUUUUGAAAAACAACAGCAUGUCUAAAGAUGUAUUAUUUGAGAAAUUCGUUUUUCUUAAGAAGCUCUUUGCGUUUGAAUUUGUUGUAUUUGACCCAUGGAUUGAACAGGAUUUUGAUAGAGCCAUAACAUUGGCGUUAAAAUUGCAUUGUAUUAAAGAUAAUAGUGGACUGUGGAUGUUGGAUAACAAUGAAUAUUUACAAAGUGUAUUCUGCAGCAGUAUUGAACCAUUCUUUUUAUCAUAUUAUACUGUACUAUUAGUUCUAGAGCGGAUUCCGGGAUCAUGUCAAGAAAAGACUAUAUUCGUCAGAACACAACAAAUAUUGGAGAAUGCCUUAAAUGAGCCAAACCAUUUUAUACACCCAUAUUCAAUGAGUCUUGAAACCCAUGCAAACUGUUUAAACUCACUGUCUAGUCAGAAAGCUUUAAUUAAAAGUAGAAGAAGUGGUAAAAUUGUAUAUGAGGUGAAUGGAAGUCACAUUUGUGCCAUAAAAGACAAACUAGGAAUGUAUCUCCCGUUGCCGCGUCUAACUGUCAGCAUUACGAUUCAUGAACGUAUUAUGAACAAAUUAUAAGUAUUAUGUUUUCACGUGCGUGUUUUUUAAGAUAUUCUACAACAGUUUUUGUAAAUUUUGUUAUUGUUUAUAUUUGUGAUUUUAUAUUGUUACCGUUUUAUUAAUAAAUUUUAGAAAAAUC